AUGGAGGAGGCAUUGGCCAAAAUACGGCCUCAUACGACCUCAAAUCUUGCCCACCAGAAAGCGCCAGCAAACUUACUUCAGGCUUUAGAAUCCACGUUUCAGGAAAAGCAUGCGGACAGGACACCUACGGCUUAUUUUGCUGCAUUGAUCACAACUCUCGAUGGAAGCAUUCAAAAGAAGGAGACUUCACUUGGAGAUGGAGAUGUUCUACCCGCAGAACUUUAUCUCCUUGCUCUAGUGGCUCCUUUCGUCCCCCCACCAGUUAUCCAGACCAACCUCAAUACACUUCUCUCCCUGACCGCACCACUUUUUCCUGCCUUGAUGGCACAUGCACCUCCACUGAGGUCACAGCUCACUUUGUACAAUGCCGUAUUCAGAGCCCUUGACAAAUCGCAACUGGAUGUUUCUACAGUCCGCCAAUCAUUUGCAUCUAUACUGCAAUUAUGUCUGGAUCCGCGACCAAAAGUGCGCAAGAAAGCAGCUGACAUCGUGAAAGAUGUUCUUUCCUUCCCACCGAGUCCAUUAGUGCGGCAUCCGUAUGCUCAGCGGGUUGCUGAGUGGGCUCAUAUUGCGCUUCAGCAAGCAAGCUCCGGCGCCCUACCGAAAUCAAAAUCAUCUGGGAAAGGGUCCGAUACGUCAGCUGCAGAAACAGCUAUCCAUCUCCUUGCAUUCUUGCGCCCUGUACUUCCAAAUCUUCCCAUUGAUGCCAUUCCACCGAUUACCACUACACUCUUGACCCUUCCACGAUUAGGAAACCCGUACCUCUCCCAAGCUGCAUACUCGAUUCUUUCUGAUCUUUUUACCGCAUCUACUACGACCGGCACUGCCAGUGCAAUAGAACAAAUUCCGGCUGUUUUAAAUGCUGUCCUGGAAUCCCCGCCAGCAAAAUCCGAUAAUUCCAUCUCUCCAUCUUGGAUUCGUGUUCUCGGAGACGCUAUGUUUGCCUAUCAUGUUGCCGAUGCAUCGGCUUGUGUCGCUGAGUUUAAUAAAGUGUGGAAAACGGUGUGGUCGUACUUCGAGACGAACCAUCCACCAACCCGGAAGGCUGUUGCGGAGUCUUUGGCUUUACUGACACGGUGUAUCACAUCUUCUGCAGUGCAAACUUCUCUUGCCGACGGCGAGGCUGGCAAAUCCCCUCUGCGAAGCAUCAUCUCACAAAUAACGAAAGCCCUCGACUCCCUGGCCUUUGCAUCCGCGAUGCAGGAGCUGCUUUCGGUUAUUUCAGCUCUGGUCUCAAAUCUGGGCAUUCGUGUAGAACCCGCAAAGUCUACCACUGCUGCAGAGGCUUUACUCAUGCCUCUGUUGUCGAAGAUCGCCGAUCUGCGGGUCCAAAAAGGCUUUGAGCACAAGGAGGCUGCGGAUGCUGUGCUCUCGACAGCUAUGCGAGUAGUGGGUCCUGCUGUGCUUCUUGCAGCCAUUCCUCUGAAUUUAGAGCCGUCGGAUCGUCAAGCAGGCAAAGAACCACGCGCGUUCAUUCUGCCUAUGCUCAAUCAACCACACCCAUCGCUUCUUGGGCAUUUUGUCUCAUACUUCGUGCCCAUGAGCGAGCGGAUGUUCAAUCUGCAGCAAAAGGCCGACAGCGAAGGAAGGCAAUCAGAAGCGAAAGUGUGGAGUGUGCUUGUCGCUCAGAUAUGGACUGGAUUUGCGGGCUAUUGCCAUGCACCUCCUGAUAUCAAAACAGCCCUCACGCCGGCAUUCUCGCAACUUCUUUCUCAGCUACUUUACAGCCAGCCCGAUCUUCGGCCAGCUGUACUAAGGGGCCUGAAAGCCUUGAUAGAGUCUAACAAGAGUAUUGCAUCCCAGAUCGACGCAGAAAUCAGCGAGCCAUCGAGAUCUGACAACGCAAUUACUCCCGAACAAGCUUCUGAGAACCUUGCUUUCCUCAAGACGCAAGUAGAGAGUUGGUUCGCCGUCUUCUUCAACGUCUUCGGUAGCGUGGACAGGGAUAAUCGUGGCAUGGUGGGCGAUGUCAUCGGUGUUUGGGCUGGACUCGCGGAGAAGCAAGACAUUGCAAAAGCCUAUCGGAAGGUCGCCGAUCUUUUCCGCCAAAGCCUCCAGCAAUCGGACAAUGGACACACCACUGCGAUGACCCAAGACCUUCUGAUCCUUCUCCUUCCCUUCCUUGAAGCGCAAGACGUUGCCACUCUGUUCUCGACGUGCCUCGCGCAGGAGGUGCUGUGUCACAAAGAUAACGGCGUACAAAAGCGUGGUUACAAGAUUCUAGCGAAGCUUCUGGAGAACGGCAAGGCAGAGGGAGAUGCGCUACAGACUUUCCAACGUCUGGACGAGCUUUCUGAUGGCCUUGCACCUGCUGCAAAGAAAGACCGAUUCAUCUUGCUUUCUCUGCUGAUACUUCGGGUACCUAGCGAGUCUCUGCAUAUCAUCCCUUCGCUUAUCCCGGAAGCUGUAUUGGGUACAAAGGAGCCAUCAGAGAAGGCACGGUCAGCGGCUUUCGAGCUCAUCGUUGCAAUGGGUCAAAAAAUGAGCCAGGGCGGUGUAGUGAAGAGGAGCAUGGUCGACGGAAUGGAUGAGGAUGGUGACGAAGCGCAAGCGAGCAUUAAUGAGUACAUGACCAUGGUUGCAGGAGGGCUGGCGGGCGCUUCGCCGCACAUGAUCAGUGCUACCGUCACAGCUGUCUCCCGUCUCGUUUUCGAGUUCAGAGAAUCCAUCAAUACACAAAUGCAGACAGAGGUCUUCACGACUCUUCUCGUUUUCCUCUCCUCUGCCAACCGUGAAAUCAUCAAAUCUACGCUCGGGUAUAUCAAGCUUGCGAUUCAUACAUUGCCCAUUGAAAUGCUACGGCCGCAUCUGAAGGAACUCGUCCCUGCACUACUCGCCUGGUCGCACGAUCACAAGAACCACUUCAAGGCAAAGGUCCGCCACAUCUUCGAGCGGAUGAUCAGAAGGUUCGGGUGGAAUGAUGUGUAUCAAGCGGCGGGUGAGGAUCAGGCCGCGAAGGUGUUGGUGAACAUCAAGAAACGGAAGGAGAGAGCUAAAAGGAAGAAAGCUCGAGAGGAAGAUGACGAAGAAGAGGGGGAGGCGACAAAAGGGAAGGUUCCCACUGGCGAUGCCUUUGAGGACGUGUUGUAUGGCAGCGAAAGCGAGUUGGACGAUAGCGACGAAGACGAGCAGGCACCUCGAGCCACGGCAGCACCGAAACGGAAGGGGGUUGAACAGGGCGUUCGUUUGCGGGUGGAUGAUGACGAACCAAUGGACCUCUUGCAGGGUGCUGCGUCGCGAUUAACCAGUGCCCAAGCAAACCGACGCCGCAAACCGGGUCAAGAUGCAGGUCGCUUUAAAACUGAUACUGACACCGGAAAGAUGGUUAUCAAUGAGGACGAGGAGUCUGACAUUGAAAUUAGCGCUCGGAAAGCUGCCAAGGACGUUGCUGGCAGUGCAUAUCGGGAGAGUAUGACCUCAGUGGAUGGCUUUACCCGCGGACCCAAUGGACGUAUCAAGUUCAACAAAGAUACUAAAAAGAGGCGCCGCGAGAAUGAGGACGAAGAUGGAGAUGUUGAGAUGGCUGAUGGUGCUGCCGCUGGUGCUUCAAAGAAGAACAAGAGGCGAAACGAGCCAAAAUUAGGCCACGAGUUUAAGGCAAAGAAAGCGGGUGGUGACGUCAAGAAAGGCGGUGUGGAUCCGUAUGCUUACCUGUCGUUGGCUCAAGCCUCCAAGAAAAAAGGCCGAAACCGUACCGGCAUUGCUGGAAAACAUUGA